GCCUUGCCCCAGAAACAACCCAGUAGCCAGAAACUGGACCGCAUCGCCGGCGAUCUUCUCGACCUCACGAAGCUUGAGCGCCACGACUACGCUGUCCUCUUCCGCCACAAAAUGGGUCUCAAUCGCUACGGCCCGGCCCUCUCCGGACCCAUUUCCUCGGGGCCCGCCGACGUCGCCGCUGCCGGGUCGGAUUCGAAACCGGCAGAGAAGACGGCGUUCGACAUCAGGCUGGAAAAGUACGACGCGGCGGUGAAGAUCAAGAUUAUAAAGGAAGUUAGAUCCUUUACCGAUUUGGGUUUGAAAGAGGCGAAAGAAUUGGUGGAGAAAGUGCCGGCGGUUCUAAAGAAGGGGCUUACUAAAGAGGAGGCCGCCGCCAUUGUUGAAAAGCUCAAAGAAUUGGGAGCCUCCGUGGUAUUGGAAUAA